AUGCUGGAAAUGUAUUCCCUGCAAGACCUGUAUCUGCAGGAAGAUUGCUUAGCACUGUCAUGUCUGCUAGAAGGAUGUUGUCUCUGCACAGUGAGCACUGUAGGAGAUGUGUCUGUGCUGGAAGGCGGCUCCGUGACUGUCCCGUGUCACUAUAACCCACAGUACAUCAGUCACGUGAAGUACUGGUGUCAGGGCCGGAUGAGAGAGUUCUGCACGAGCCUCGCUCGCACCGAUGACCCGGACUCGGCCCCUACCGGGAAGGGAAGGGUGACGAUCGCGGACGACCCCACCCAGCACGUGUUCACCGUCAGCAUGCGUGAGCUGACGGAGGAGGACUCGGGCUGGUACUGGUGCGGGGUGGAGCUCGGGGGAAUGUGGGUGACUGACAGCACCGCCUCGCUUCAUAUCAGCGUCAUUCAGGGCAUGUCAGUGGUGAGCAGUAUGCUGAGUGCAGAUGAAGGCAGCAGCGUCACUGUGCAGUGUCUCUACAGUAAAAACCUCAGGUCCAGUGAGAAGCGUGUGGUGUCGCAGCGGAACUGGAACUCCUGCGUGGCGACGGACUCCGCAGGAACAUUCAACAGCAGAAAAGUCUUCAUCCGUGAUGACAGGGACAGCACGUUCACGGUGACGAUACAGCAGCUGGAGAUGAGAGACGCUGGCUGGUACUGGUGCGGAGCCGGUCAGCAGCAGGUGGCUGUUCAUGUGUCAGUCACAGCACAAACCACAACACUGAGCACAGCGUCUCCCAUCCAGAUUCUGAAGACAACAGUCAGAAAUCCAUCUGUAAUGAGCUCGAAUGACCCUCACAGUCGUCCUGUUUGGGAGUCUCCUCUUGUAGUGUGCGGGAUCGUGCUUUUGGUCAUGAUGGCGUUUUUGGCAAUUUGGAAAUUACGACACCUGUUUAAGGAAAAGCAGAAACACAGAGGGACGAAUGAAGUGAACGAUAAUCUCACAAUGUGUCCUUGGAGAGAAGGAGACUGUGAACGCCUCGUUGAUUUUCCUGAACACUCCAACUGUUUCCCAGUGAUGGGAAACAACAAACUCAUGGACAUUCAUGAUGCCGAAGGAGAUUAAAAAAGCAAACUGAUGGACACUUUGAGUCCCACAGGCGGCAGGGGUAAUAUUUGUCAUGUAACAGUUAAAUAGAAGAUCAGCUUUCAUUUGAAUGCAUAUUUUAUGUCAUGUAUUCCUCUGUCUGUAAGCAGAAGCCUUACGAGUGCAGAGUUUAGGAC